GGCUGCUGGGCCGGUGCGCUUCCGGCGCCCGCCUAUGGCGUCAUCGCCGAGCGACCACGGGAAGCCGGCGGGGUUUCUAAACAGCGGCCAUGCUUAGCCGCCUCCAGGAGCUGCGCAAGGAAGAGGAGACGCUGCUUCGGUUAAAGGCCGCCCUUCACGACCAGCUGAACCGCCUCAAGGUUGAAGAACUGGCCCUCCAGUCAAUGAUCAAUUGUAGAAGAGGGGAUGAGAUGCCACCUUCUCAUCCUGUACCUGAACAGUCACAUGAUAUGUUAAUGCAUGUAGACAACGAAGCAUCGAUCAACCAGACUGCGUUGCAGCUGAGCACAAGGAGCCAUGUGGUGGAUGAAGAUGUGGAAGAGGAAGAAGAGGAAUCUGACUCCUAAGGGGAAUGAAAGCCAGGGUCAGUUACAUGAAUUAAAUGUGUACAUCUCAGGCAUUUUCUCUUUUCAAAGAAAUCAUCUUGCCCAUGGCCCUUUGACCCAACUGAAAGUGUGGAACUGUACAAAUAGCUCCAUCAAUAACUCAAGCUUCAGAAUGUUUUGACAAAAGUUACUGAUAGAAAUUGUAUAAUUCCAUGUCUCUUAACACUGA